UUUUUAUUUCCUUUUUGACCUUCGCUCCGGCGCCGCCACUAAGUAUCACUUCGUUCCCGUUUCGUCUCUCGCCUCUGCCACGACUCGUCCCUUUCCCGCAGACGAUAUCGUUCUUCCUGCUCCCACCGCACAGACAUUCGUUGAGUCAAUCACCAUGGCGGAAGGCAAGAAGACGGACGACUACACGAUCCAGAUGGAUUCGAUAGACCAGGGCAAGAGUUUCGAGGCACCGCCGCCACCGCCUCAGCCUCGGAGUCCGCCAUCAGGCUCGCUUUCCAACAACCCCAUCUUGCCAGUCCUGGCCUAUUGUGGAUCGUCGAUUUUGAUGACUGUCAUGAACAAAUAUGUCUUGUCAGGCACCGAUUUUAACCUCAACUUUUUCCUCCUCUGCAUUCAGUCUCUCGUUUGUAUCAUCGCGAUUCAGACCUGUAAAUCAUGUGGCCUAAUCACUUAUCGCGACUUCAGUGCGGACGAGGCCAGAAAGUGGUUUCCGAUCACUCUGCUCCUGAUUGGCAUGAUUUACACCGGCUCUAAGGCCCUUCAAUUCCUCUCGAUUCCCGUAUACACUAUUUUCAAGAACCUGACAAUCAUUCUCAUUGCUUACGGAGAGGUGCUGUGGUUCGGUGGUUCGGUCAGCGGUCUUACCCUGUUCUCCUUCGGUCUGAUGGUCAUGAGCUCUAUCAUUGCCGCCUGGGCCGAUAUCAAGCACGCUGUUGAAAGCACUGGCGAUGCGACCGCCAAGGUCUCAACUUUGAAUGCUGGCUAUAUCUGGAUGUUGAUCAACUGCAUCUGUACAUCAUCCUAUGUGUUGGGCAUGCGCAAGCGGAUCAAGCUCACCAACUUCAAGGACUUUGACACGAUGUUCUACAACAACCUUCUAUCGAUACCCGUUCUGAUCGUUCUGUCCGGCGUUCUGGAGGACUGGUCGUCCACCAAUGUCAACCGCAACUUUCCCCCGAUGGAUCGCAACAGUAUCAUGUUUGCCAUGAUUCUUUCCGGUUUGUCGUCCGUGUUUAUCUCAUACACCUCCGCCUGGUGUGUUCGCGUCACCUCAUCGACUACUUACUCCAUGGUUGGAGCUCUGAACAAGCUGCCAAUUGCUAUUUCAGGACUCAUCUUCUUCGAUGCUCCUGUCACCUUCCCCAGCGUUUCGGCUAUAGUUGUCGGCUUUGUUAGCGGUAUCGUUUAUGCUGUGGCCAAGAUCAAACAAAAUGCUAAGCCAAGAACUGGUGUUUUGCCGACCGCCAAUCCCCCAGUCAGCGCCAGCAGCCAGAGUAUGAGAGACUCGCUGCGAUCUUGAAAGGAGCGCCUAGAGAAUAAUGGUGCAGCCGGUCGUCACGGCCGACUUCGCCCUCGUUAAAGUUUCUAUAUCGAGAGCGAGACUGCUCGUUGCUCGCAUGUGAUAUGUGAUUCUUGUUUCCUUGUAAUUGGCUGGGCUGUUUUUCUAGCCCUGAAUCACAGCCAUCAGUCCUGCCUUGGCAGGUGCUGGUGGUUCUGUACUUUAUCUUCACAUGUCGAGCUACAUGGGAGGUUUUCUCUUACUACCCUCGGCCAUUUAAGUCUUUUCAAGUAUCUGCCCCGAUCAUGACCCUUUUCACAUAUUCAUUUUUUUGUUUCGGGCUGGCAGAUGGCUUUGUUUGAGUAUCAUCUAGUAAUGUUGUGGAUUCACAUGAUAUGCGUUUAUUUCUGAUCAUGGCAUGAUCUGUGUUCUCAUCUGUGACAAGCCUGUAUAUAAAAAGGUUUCUUAUGUCUUUUUAAUAAGCUUAUAGAAAGCGUGUUUUGGAUGACAUGGC